AUGGAAACAUUUUCACAUAACAAAUUGCUGCCUCACAUUCACAAGUACUUUGCUUCAUCAACCACUUACCUCAAGCUCAUGGACUUAGUUGCAUACACACUCUCCAUCUGCUCCACAUUCACACUAGCUCAACUAUUCUUUACGCUGGACUUGGUUGACGACUAUGCUUGGCUCAAUAUUGUUGCAGUUUUAAGAUACUCAAAUUUGUUACCAACAACUUUGUUUUUGGAAAUCCCCUUUGGCAUUGCACAAUUGGCAGGAAUUGUCUACUUGUUGCCACAAUACAAUAGCAUAAGCAAACCAAUCUUGGCAUUGAUCUCAACCCAAUGCUUGAUUCCAUUUGCCAUCUUGUUUAUCAAGUACUACCAAACAAAUAAAUGGGCGCACUCUAUACAAUCCUUCAACAAAUACUUGUUCACAGUACUCAUUAUCAUUUCAUUCGUGCCAUUACAACAUUCAGAAGGACCAUUAGUGAGCUACUUUAUCAAAGUAUACGCAGUAUCUGCAUUUAUCAGAAGCGAAAUAGUCGACAUUAAUAACGACAAAUUAAGAAUUGCAUUACAAGAUCUCGAAGCAGCUGCCAAUAUGGAAAGUGACAACAAACUUGAAGAAAUAGAGUAUGAUGUAAGCAACAGUCAAGUAUUGGAAAUGAUGGUUUCACCUUUUAAAAACAAAACUUUGCCACAGCAUUUGUGUGAAAAUGUAUUGAUGAUUAUCAUAUCUGUGCUUGUAUAUAUCGGCCCCAACUACGAUUCUAUACUAUAA